UGUCGGUCCAGUGAGAGCGACACUGAGCAGGGUGAGGCAGGCGGGGAGAAAAACGAAAGAACUGUGGACGCGCCGCUGUGUGGCGGCACGAGACACAGCAACAGAACAACGAGUAAACAACAACAACAGCAGGAUGGAUGAAAGGAGCCCAGGAGGAAAUCCCAGUGCUGCCCCGUCUCACUCACUUCCUGCCCACACUAAGCAGGAGAUGCAUGACCGAACUGAUGGGAUCUCAGCUCCAGCAACCUCUGAAAGAAAUGAGCAGCAUAAAAACCAGAAUGCCAUACUGAGUUUGCCCAGCCAGCGGACAGAUGUGAGUCCUGUCGACGCUGAUCGGGCAGCAGAAGAACCAAACCGAACAGCUGCAAUCAAUUAUGGAAGCUACCAGGAUCUUCAGCUAUCAGAGCAACAAGAACUAGAAGAUCAUCUAUGGACAGAGCAACAGAAACCAAAAGAUCAUCUAUGGACAGAGCAACAGAAACCAAAAGAUCAUCUAUGGACAAAGCAACAAAAACCAAAAGAUCAUCCAAGAACAAAGCAACACAAACCAAUAGUUCCUCCACUGACAAAGCAUCAAAAACCAGAAGAUUCUUCACGGACAAAGCAACAAAAACCAGAAGAUCCUCCACGGACAGAGCAACAAAAACCAGAAGAUCCUCCACUGACAAAGCAACAAAAACCAGGAGAUCCUCCACUGACAAAGCAACAAAAACCAGGAGAUCCUCCACUGACAAAGCAACAAAAACCAAAUGAUCCUUUGCUGACAAAGCAACAAAAGCCAGAUGAACCUCCACAGACAAAGCACCAAAAACCAGAAGAUCCUUUGCUGACAAAGCACCAAAAACCAGAAGAUCCUUUGCUGACAAAGCAACAAAAACCAGAAGAUCUUCAACAGACAGAGCAACAAAAACCAGACGAUCAUUUGCUGACAGAGCAACAAAAACCAGAAGAUCUUCAACAGACAGAGCAACAAAAACCAGACGAUCAUUUGCUGACAAAGCAACAAAAACCAGAAGAUCUUCAACAGACAGAGCAACAAAAACCAGACGAUCAUUUGCUGACAAAGCAACAAAAACCAGACGAUCAUUUGCUGACAAAGCAACAAAAACCAGACGAUCAUUUGCUGACAAAGCAACAAAAACCAGACGAUCAUUUGCUGACAAAGCAAAAAAAACAAGACAAUCGUCAACAGACAGAACAACAAAAACCAGAAGAUCCUCAACGGAUAGAGCAACAAAAAACAGAAGAUCCUUUGCUGACAAAGCAAAAAAAACAAGACAAUCGUCAACAGACAGAACAACAAAAACCAGAAGAUCCUCAACAAACAGAGCAACAAAAAACAGAAGAUCCUUUGCUGACAAAGCAAAAAAAACAAGACAAUCCUCAACAGACAGAACAACAAAAAUCAGAAGAUCCUUUGCUGACAAAGCCACAAAAACAAGAAGAUCCUCAACAAACAGAGCAACAAAACCCAGAAGAUCCUCAACAAACAGAGCAACAAAACCCAGAAGAUCCUCAACAAACAGAGCAACAAAACCCAAAAGAUCCUCAACAAACAGAGCAACAAAACCCAGAAGAUCCUCAACAGACAGAGCAACAAAAGCCAGAAAAUUCUCAGCUGACCAAGCAACAAAAACCAGAAGAUCCUCCACGAAGAGAGGAACAAAAACUACAGCUUCCUUUGAUAGGUGUACUACAUCCAGAAGAUUCUCUUCGAGCAGAUCAACAACAAGAAAGUGAUCUUCCACAAAAAAAUGAACACGGAAAACAGCCUCAUCCAACAAAUCUAAAUAGCCCAAAGGUUCCUCCUUUGAAAGAUCAACAUCAAUCUCAAAGUUCCCCUCAGACAGAUGAGCAAAAUCCACAGUUUCCUACAAAAGAUCAACUGAAACUCCAACAUCUUUCUCCGACAGAUCAAUGGGAACAAGAACAUGCCCCACUAAAGCUAGAUCAACUAAAACAAGACAAUACUUGUCAAGUAGAUGAUCUUCAGAAACACCAAUUCUGCAAAGACCCUUUUCUUUCAAAGUGGGAAACACAAAAUUACCUUUUCCAUCCUGCCACUGAAGAUUUAAAUGUAUCUGCAUUAAUACUUAGUGAACAGCAGGACCCAGACCUCCAUAUUUCUGAGACUGAACAGCCAAAUAUGUUUGAUCUCCAAGACCAAGAGGCUGAAGAUCCGUUUGUAGACUUGAAGGCCCAGCAGACCUUUCUUCUUGAAAAACAAGACCAAAAGAUUCCUGCUCCUGUCAAACCCCUAAACUGCAAAGAGCCCCCCAAAGAGCAAAACAGUCCUCUUCUAGAACAACACAACCUCCAGAAUUGUCCUCUCAAUGACCAGAGGGUGUCUCCUGCAGACAAGCAAAAGUUAAAAAAUUCUCCAACGGUGCACCUGAUGCCCCAACAAACUUCCCCUGCAAAACAAGAAAACAACCAAAAUCUCCCCAAAAUGCAAAACAGUUUAACUGCUCUUGAACAGCAAAACAUCCAUAAUUUUCUUCCAAAAGACCAGGAGACAGCUCUUAUUCAAGAAGAGCAAAACGUCCAGUGUCCUGCUCACAGAGUUCAGAAGACACCUUCUCAGGGGGCUCCUCCUCCUACAGACCUGAACAUCCAACAGACUGCUCUUGUAGGCCAUGUCAACGACCUCCUCUCUCCUUCAGACAGCAGGCCAGACAAUCCGUCAAUGCUCGCUCCGCCGCUGACCACUGAGACUUCCUGUGAGCUGGUCCAGUCUUGCCCAAAUCCAGGGCUGGCCUCUACAGCUGAACCAAAGUUGUGUGGCUUCCUGCAGAAGCAGGGUGGCCCACUGAAGUCUUGGAAGCAGCGCUGGUUCACCUACGAGGAGAAAAAGAAUCAGCUGUUCUACUACCGGACGUCACAGGAUGUGACGCCGCUCGGCAGAGUGGACCUCUGCAGUGCCACCUUCACCUACCCGCUGAAGGCAGAGAGAGGCACCUUCCACAUCAAGACCCCCGAACGCACCUUCAUCCUCAAGGCUGUCACUCAGGACGUGAUGCUCUACUGGCUGCAGCAGCUGCAGCUGAAACGUUGGCAGCACCGACAGACGACCUGCUCGGACCCGUCCAUCGGCACCGCUGCAGAUGAAUUCUUGCCUCAGUUGACGAGCCCACUGGGCCUCGUGGGCGAGGAUGCAGCGAACGGACCAUCUCAGUGCACGCUGCUCGCCAACGUGUCCAUUAAACAUCCGCUGAUCGAGAUCCAAAACUCCGUCCACAGUCUUCGAAAGAGAUCGUCUCAGGAGUGGAACCAGAGUGUUUUUCAUGUGGAUGCUCCACCGUGGACACCGCCCAACGCCGCAGACACUGUCCCCACGGCCACCACUCCAGCCCUCGAGACUCCGCCUGAGAAACAGAUUCCACCCAGUCCCCUUCCAUUGGCUGAUUCAGCAGAGUCGCCAUCGCCAGGUGAAAGCCAGCGGAGCAGGAAGUCAAAGAAUCGCAGCUCCACAUCCAUGCCAACUCUCCUCAGAGAGACUUUGUCCUCAGAGCGCACGUCCCGCCUUCAGCAGGAGAAACAGAUGCUGCUGGAAGAGAUCAAAGCUCAGAAGGAGCUGGUGUGGCUCCUCCAUAAAGCCUUGGAGGCAUCUCAGUUGGAGAAACGGACUUGUGCAGAGUUCCUGGCUGCGACAUGUGAGCAGGAUCGCCUGGAGGUCCUGCGGCACCGUGAGCGACAGGCGGCCGACCUUCGUGGGCGGCUGGAGGAGGCGAAGGUGGAGUCACAGACGUUGAAGAGGAGCCUGGGUCAGAGAGACGCACAGGUGGUGGAACUGCAGGAGAACAUCAGGCUGCUGAAGGAGAAGAACCAAGCAAAGCAAGAGGUGAUCAUCAAGAUGGCUGAGCAGGUAUCCUCCUGCAUGACUGAUCCACGGCUAUCCUUCUGGUCUUCAGGCAGAGUGGACACUCAGACCUUCAGACAGCUUCAGCAGGAAAACGAAAACCUCAAGGAUGACAUUGAGGCUUAUAAGACACAGAACAAGUUCCUGAACUCUGAAAUCUACCAGCUGACCAAACUGUGGAGGAACAGCUCUGAGCAGGAGAAGAGUCUGAUGAUGAAGUGUGCCUACCUCGAAGCCAGUAACUGUCGAUUGGAGAGCCGUUACCUGGGCGUCCUGCGGAAGCUGCAGGAGAACAAGUCUCUGGAUCCGCUCCAGCAGAGGUCUGUCCAGAAGCUAAUCGAAGAUGCCCUGAGAGGGCAGAUGAAGGACGUCACCAAGCUCAAUCCGGUCAGAGACCACGACCAAUAUGGAUUUAAGAUCAUCCCAGACUAUGAGAUGGAGGACAUGAAGCUGCUGGCAAAAAUUCAGGCGCUGGAAAUCCGCUCCUACAACCUGUUGCACCAGGACGCUGGAGAGCGCCCCCUGCUGAGCCACUGGGUUCAGUUUCUUGCCCGUAGGUCAGACGAUGACCUUUGUCCUUCACUGGAGCUCAAGGGCCUGCUCCGCGGCGGCAUUCCACAUGAGUACCGACAACGGGUCUGGCGCUGGGUAGUCCAAACCAGAACCAAGUCAAUCAGGAUGCGCCACCCACAUCGCUACCAGCAGCUGUGUGACAAGAGUCGGACGUGUCCACAUCCGGCGUCCAGGCAGAUCCAGUUGGACCUGCAUCGCACCUUGACUACCAAUCAGCACUUCUCCUCCCCAUCCAGCCCCGCCCUGCAGCAGCUCCAGCGAAUCCUGUUGGCCUUCUCCUGGCAGAACCCAACUAUUGGCUACUGCCAAGGACUGAACAGGUUAGCAGCCAUUGCUCUGCUGAUCCUGCAGAAUGAAGAAGAUGCCUUCUGGUGUCUGGUGACCGUGGUAGAAACCAUCAUGCCUCAGGACUACUACACCAAGAACCUGGCAGCCUCUCAGGCGGAUCAGCGAGUGCUGAAGGAGUUCAUGGUAGAGAAGCUGCCGAAGAUAGCGGCGCAUUUUGAGGAGUAUAAGAUUGACGUGUCACUCGUCACUUUCAACUGGUUCCUGGUGGUUUUUGUGGAGAGUCUGCCCAGUGACAUCUUGCUGCCGCUGUGGGACGCUUUCCUGUACGAAGGCACCAAGGUGAUUUUUCGAUAUACUCUGGCUCUCUUCAAAUACAAAGAGGAGGACAUCUUGAAGAUCCAUGAUGGUGUGGAGAUCUACCAAUACCUGCGCUUCUUCACCAAAACCAUCUCUGACAGCAGGAGGCUGACCACCAUUGCCUUUAGCGACAUGAACCCCUUCCCUGGACGGCUUCUGAAGAACCGGCGAGCAGUUCACCUGGAGCGUCUGCAGGGGGAGCUCCGAGACCUGGAGGAGCAGCAGAGGGAGUUUGCAACAGAGCACGUGGAGCGCAAAGACAAAGAGCUGGAUACCGUGGUCAGUGAGGAUGAGGAGGAGCUGUGAGGACGCAUCCAUGAAUGAACUGGAAUAAUAAAAAUCACAGAACCACAUGGAACUGUUGAACACUG